AUUAACCCAUUAAGUCAUGUGGACCGCAUUGUGGACUCUUUUGCUACUGCUUCUAUGUGGUGUCCAGGGAAUACUGGGACAGGACGUAGCCCAAAACCAGAGUGCAUCCGCGAUAGAGCCCCGAAUCGUGGGCGGAAUCAGGGCGAAGCUGGGUCAAUUUCCGCACCAGAUUUCCCUGCGUCUCCGUGGAGAACACUACUGCGGUGGAGUCAUAAUCUCUGCCAGCCACGUAAUUACCGCUGGCCACUGUGUUAAGCACGGGAACGAUGUAGUUCCGGCAGAUCUAUGGUCGAUCCAGGCGGGCAGUCUGCUCCUUUCGAGCGGCGGGGUGAGGAUUCCGGUGGCCGAAGUUAUCAUGCAUCCCAACUAUGCCACUGGUGGGCACAACGAUUUGGCCGUGCUCCGACUACAGAGUCCGCUGACCUUUGACGCCAACAUAGCCGCCAUCCAGCUGGCCACCGAGGAUCCGCCCAACUGCGCCGCCGUGGACAUCUCCGGUUGGGGCAACAUCGCGGAGAAAGGACCUCUCUCUGACAGCCUGUUGUUCGUGCAGGUGAGGAGUAUAUCGAGGGGGGCCUGUCGCUGGAUGUUCUACUCUCCUUUGCCGGAAACCAUGAUUUGCCUGCUGCAUCCCAAGAAUAUCGGCGCCUGUUAUGGGGACUCCGGCGGACCGGCAACCUACGGAGGCAAAGUGGUGGGGCUGGCCAGCUUGCUUCUCGGUGGUGGCUGUGGAAGAGCGGCUCCUGAUGGCUACCUUAGGAUAUCCAAGGUUAGGGCCUGGAUCGCGGAGAAGGCGGGAUUGUAGAGAUGCACACGUGAAUAUACUCGUAUGUAAACUCUAAAUACUUAACAAUCAUGAACAUU